UGCGAGGCGGGCAGGGUCACAUUGCUCAGUGGUGAAGCGCGUUGGUGGCAUCGGCAUUAGCUGGGAAUCCAUCUCGGGGGGAAACCGGCGCUCGGAGCUCACACACUCACACACACGCUCACACACGCUCAACACUCAACUCCUCCAGACAUGGACGCCCUGAAAAAAGGCUUCUCGUUCGCCAAGGAAGGAGUGGUGGCGGCGGCGGAGAAAACCAAGCAGGGGGUACAAGAUGCAGCGGAGAGGACGAAAGAAGGGGUCAUGUAUGUAGGCACCAAAACAAAGGAGGGCAUGGUACAAAGCGUGAACACAGUGGCUGAGAAGACCAAGGAGCAAGCCAACAUGGUUGGAGGGGCGGUGGUAGCCGGGGUGAACACGGUGGCUAACAAGACGGUGGAAGGAGCGGAGAAUGUGGCAAUGUCUUCUGGGGUGGUGAAAUUGGAUGAACAUGGUAGAGAAAUCCCAGCUGGCCAAGAACACACCUUUGAUGAACCCCUGGUGGAAGCUACAGAGGCAACUGAACAGACUGGAAAAUGAGCAGGUGCUGGUUGAUUGGAAGAUUCUGGGUGUGCCCGGACCUCCACACCAGCGUUGCCACAAAGAAUCAAGGACCAGAGGGUCACCAUGUGUUGUAGCUGAAGAUAUAGUCGUAAAACUGCUCCAAGUCGUUGCAUUUGCAGUCACGCCGUCACCCUCAUCCUGUAUGUCUCCACCAGCGGGCAGUGUAACAGGGGCUCUCGCUCCCCCAUUGCUGGCUGCUGGGCCCUGUGGCACAAUCUCCUUGUAGCUGCUACCAAUCUCUCACACACCGCGCACCUUCAUCGACACACGCCCACGCCUGCUUCUCGUCACCCGGUAACACCAACGUUGCAACUCGUGAUGGUGCCCUGCAUGUUCUCUCCACUGGCUUCUUGCGUCGCAUUUAACUGUCACGAGCACUUGGGAGAUUUUAUAAUAAAAGUCAAGAUUAAAAUGAA